AUGGCAUCCCCUAAGGAGAACGAUGAUGUCCCCAUGCUUCCAAUCUCAGACACAUCUCGUACUACGAGACCUUUCACUUCAAGGUCUCGUAGCGUGUCUCUCUCAAACACUUGUUCCACCAUUGAUGGAUUCGACAGCUCCACGGUGGUGUUAGGCUACACGGGUCCUCUUCGCACACAGAGACAACCUCCUUUAGCUCAAAUGAGUGGUCCUCUUUCAUCUACUCGCUGUCCUGAGCCUCUUUUUAUUCUUCCUCCUACUUCUGAUUCAGUUGGUACUGUCUCCUCCUCACAGCCUGAGAAGUAUCCUUCUUAUGCUGCUAAACACAAGAACUCAGACGACGAGUUUGUCUUGAAACACGCAAAUCUAUUGAGAUCUGGACAGUUGGGGAUGUGUAAUGAUCCUUACUGUACCGUUUGUCCUUCUUAUUACAACCGUAAAGCUGCUCAAAUCCCUAGUUCCAGAGUUUCUGCCUUCUUUGACUCCAAGUUCCAUAAUGCUCUGUAUGAUGAUGCUAAAGGCUGGGCUAAGCGGUUGGCUACAUCUGCUAAUAGAUACUUACCAGGAAUCAUGAAUCCUCACUCCAAAUUUGUUCAGAGCUGGACUAAGUUCUUUGCCGUCUCAUGCUUGUUGGCUAUUUUUAUAGAUCCUCUCUUCUUCUUUCUCAUAUUAGUCAAACAGUUGUAUAGGCUUCUUCCACUUCUUGCUGGCCAAACACCUACAGGGUUCAUAUUUGAGUCGGCUUGGGCUAACUUUGUUAUUAAUCUUCUCACCUUCAUGCUUGCUGGUCAUGUUGUUGGCUCUUGCUGGUACCUUUUUGGUCUCCAGAGAGUAAAUCAAUGCCUUCGAGAUGCUUGUGGUAACUCUGAUCAUGAGUGUAGAGAUCUAAUAGAUUGUGGUCGUGGAGAUAGCUAUCAAGCCUUUGCUGCAUGGAAAAGUAAUGCGAGUGCAAGUGCUUGUUUUCAAGAGGAUGGUUUUCCUUAUGGAAUUUAUAUGAAGGCAGUCAAUCUCACCAAUCAUACAAGCCUCUUCACAAGAUAUAGUUACUCUCUUUUCUGGGGCUUCCAGCAAAUCAGCACGCUUGCUGGAAACCAAGAGCCAAGUUACUUUCUUGGGGAGGUCUUCUUUACCAUGGGGAUUAUUGGACUAGGGCUAUUGCUUUUUGCACUUCUUAUUGGUAAUAUGCAGAACUUCCUUCAAGCUCUUGGUCGAAGGAAUUUGGAAAUGACAUUGAGACGGCGUGAUGUGGAGCAAUGGAUGAGCCAUAGAAGGUUACCAGAAGGUAUAAGAAAGAGGGUGCGAGAAGCUGAGCGUUUCAACUGGGCUGCUACUAGAGGAGUUAAAGAAGAAUUGCUAUUUGAGAAUAUGCCUGAUGACCUUCAAAGAGAUAUAAGACGACACCUCUUCAUAUUUCUCAAGAAGGUGAGGAUAUUUUCGUUGAUGGAUGAAUCAAUCUUAGAUGCCAUCCGUGAGAGGCUAAAACAAAGAACGUACAUAAGUAGUAGCACAGUGCUGCACCGUGGAGGUCUAGUUGAGAAAAUGGUAUUCAUAGUGAGAGGUGAGAUGGAGAGCAUUGGAGAAGACGGUUCUGUUCUUCCUCUAUCAGAGGGAGACGUUUGUGGUGAAGAGCUCCUCACUUGGUGCCUUGAACGCUCUUCUGUAAACCCUGAUGGAACAAGGAUAAAAAUGCCAUCAAAGGGAUUGCUAAGCAACAGAAAUGUUAGGUGUGUGACAAACGUGGAGGCGUUUUCACUGAGUGUAGCAGAUCUUGAAGACGUAACAAGCUUGUUCUCGAGGUUCUUAAGGAAUCCUAGAGUGCAAGGAGCCAUUAGGUAUGAAUCUCCAUAUUGGAGGCUACGAGCAGCUAGGCAGAUUCAGGUGGCUUGGAGAUACCGAAAGAGACGGAUUCAUAGAUUGUACACUGCUCAGUCUGGUUACAGCCUUUAGAUUGUAAUCUUCGUUCUUGAUGACGAUGAUGGAAUGGUGAUGAUAUAUAUUAUAAUCAUAGCUUAAUGCUUCACUUGAAUUCAUUUUUUGCACUAUAAAAAUAUUAAAUUAUGUAUUUGCUUUAAUAA